AACAAUAUUCGAUAAAUUGCGCAUAGCACACAGUCAGAGAGGCUUUGAGCGAAAUUCAAUUUUAUUUCGACAUCAUUCCAAGUUGAGCGAUCGUUAGAUGAUCUGUACUUUAUUGGCAUUUCUCUCGUAUAUAGCAAAAAUAAUGGCCGGCAAUCAAGAACGUACUUUUAUCAUGGUUAAACCAGACGGUGUCCAACGCGGACUCGUUGGAGAAAUCAUCAAGCGUUUCGAAGCUAAAGGCUUCAAAUUGGUCGCAUUGAAAUUCGUUUGGCCAACACAAGAAUUAUUGGAACAGCACUAUGCUGACCUUUCCAGCCGUCCAUUCUUCCCAGGAUUGGUUAAAUACAUGAGCUCUGGCCCAGUCGUCCCAAUGGUUUGGGAAGGUUUGAAUGUUGUCAAGACGGGUCGUCAAAUGUUGGGAGCAACCAACCCAGCUGAUUCAUUACCAGGUACCAUUCGUGGUGAUUUGUGCAUUCAAGUUGGCCGAAACAUCAUUCACGGUUCAGACGCCGUUGAAUCAGCCAACAAAGAAAUCGCUUUGUGGUUCCCAAAUGAAAAAGACGUCGUUUCAUGGACACCAGCUAACAAAGACUGGAUUUACGAAUAAAUUCCACAUCAAAAACAAACAUUUCUAACAUUCAUCGAUUGAUUCCUGUGAGCUUUGCGAGAAACUAACGGAAUAAAAAGCAACAUUUUGAGAAAAUUUGAUAUUUUCAAGAUGAAAGUGGAUUUAAUUUCAAUUGUAAUAUUUUUGAUUUGAUUUCAAUUGUAAAAUGAAUUCAACAUUUUGUUUCCUUUUUUGAAAAAUGCUCUGAUAAAGUACUAAAAUAAACAGCUCAUUGAGACAAAACUUA